AUGUCCUCCACAGAAGCGUGGGCUCGCAUUCUCCGAAAUCAGGUUAGUAGAGCUUAUGGUAUUGUGAGGCAUCACAUUCAAUCUUCUAUAUGGAAAGGGAUUAAGGAGGAAUACCCUACUGUGUUGGAAAAUGCUUCUUGGUCGUUGGGUAAUGGUAGAAAGAUUAAGUUUUGGUUAGAUUCGUGGUCGGGUGCUCCUUUUAUUAACGAUUGCGAUGCGGCCUCUCUUUCUGUUUUGGGCAUUAAUACAGAAGCUACUGUGGCAGAAAUGUUUUCUAAUUCUGGCAGCACUGUUCCUGCGGCUUGGUUGGACCAUUUCCCCUUCUUAGAAGCGCGAAUUUCAGGCGCGGUUAUUUCGGAUGAGCAGUUUGAUGAUGAUUUAUGUUGGAAACAUUCUAUUAAUGGUUCUUUGACUCUUAAGGAAGCCCACAACUACAAAUUGAAAGCUCUUCCUCCUCCUCCGUGGGCGGCGGCCAUUUGGAAUUCUCACAUCCCUCCGUCGAAAUCUCUUCUUCUUUGGCGUGUGCUUCAUGAUAAAAUUCCCACAGAUGAUCAGCUAUGUCGGCGAGGUUUCUUCACUAUUUCUAUGUGUUUGUUAUGUAUGGUUCAUGCGGAGAAUACCAAUCUUUUCUUCUCUUGUGCUUGGGCUUCUGGUCUUUGGGAUUGGCUGGUCAAUUGUUUAAAUAUGCAGGUGCGCUUUUCUUAUUCCAUUUUUUGGAACAUUUUCCUCAAGGUGAAUUCUCCUCGAGGAGCGUUCGCGGUAAAAUUCGCCGGUAUCAUGGUCUUUAACGCCAUUUGGAGCGCCCAUAAUGCUACUCGGUUUUCUAACAUUUCUCCUUGCAUGAGUAACAUUAAAGCCUCGAUUGUUGCUCAGGUUAAAUUUUGUUGUGAGAAGUCAGGUUAUUGCUUUAGGCAUAAUUUGUCUGACUUUGAUAUCCUUAAAGCUUUUCAAAUAAGGAUUAAUCCUCCUAAAGCUCCUUUAAUCAGAGAAUUUUUUUUUAAUCCUCCUCCUUUUUAUUGGAUGAAAUGCAAUGUGGAUGAUUCUUUUGUUCAUAAUACUCAGUCUUUGGGUUGUGGUGGCAUUUUCCAAAAUUGCUUGGGAGAUUUUUAUUUGGCUUUUGCUGAGCCUCUUAGUUGGAAUUCCUCCCUCUUUGCGGAAUUUUGUGGAGCUUUGCAUGGUAUUGAAUUGGCAAAAGAUAGAGGUUGGACUAAUCUUUGGAUGGAGUUCGAUUCUUCUGUGGUGGUAAAGACCCUCUCUCUAGAGAACUUCGAUCACGUUCCUUGGCAGCUCAGAAAUAGAUGGCUCAACUGCAUUAAGUUCGUUUUAGAUUCUAACUUCAUUAUUUCUCACAUAUGUAGGGAAGGUAAUAGCUGUGCGGAUUUUUUUGCUAAUUUAGGCUGCACAUCUAAUUCCUUCACUCUUUUUGACUCUUUACCCGUUGAUAUUAGGAAUGACUGUAAAAAAUAG